AUGGAAUUACAACCAACUAAUGAAUCCUAUGAUUUAUCAAAUAAAGUUGUUAUAAUUACCGGUGCUACAGGCGGAAUUGGUAGAUGUUUAACUCGUAUGGUUUCAUCAUAUAAUCCAAAACGUCUAGUCCUUCCAAUUCGUAAUCGUGAAAAAGGUGAACAUCUCUUGGAAUAUAUCCGAAAAUCUCAAGAUGGAAACGUUAAAUGUAUUGAACUAUGGGAUAUUGAUUUGGCUGAUUUACAUAGUGUAAAACGUUUCGCUGAUAAAUUUAUUAAGGAAGUUGGUGAAUUACACUAUUUAUGGAAUCAUGCUGGUAUUUUUAAUUUUUCUUACGAGAAGACGAAAGAUAAUUUUGAGCAACAGUUCCAGGUUAAUCAUCUUGGACACUUCCUCUUAACUACCCUUCUAAUUCCAACCAUAAAGAAAUCGGCAAAACCUGAAUCUCCGUGUAAAAUAAACUGGACAGCUUCAGAUACUAUGAAGCUGGGUAAAAUUGAAUUAGAUAAUUUGAAUGGUGAAAAAUGUUCCUGGUUUGUUCAACUACAUGCCAAUUCAAAAUUAAUGAAUGUAGUGUAUAGCAACGAACUUAAUCGUCUCUAUCGAAGUUCAAAUGUUAUAUCCUUAGCUUGUCACCCAGGACUCGUAGACACAAACAUGGGAAACGUUAUGCCGGCUCUAGAACCAUUAAAACAUCUCUUUUUGUCGACUUUCGGUUUACCACCAGAUACUGGUGCAAAAUAUAUACUUUACCCCGUUUUAAAAGCAAAUAUCGAUGAUCGUG